CUCGCUGGUGGCCUCGCUCACGUGGCGCAGCGCCCGCAGGUGCACCAACCUGCGCCGCGCAGGACCCUCAGGACUCGGCUCGCGCGAGACCCAGCGGACGACGCCCAGCCCGCCGAGUCUGCGGAGGGAGACCCGCGGCCGGGCCGGGGACGGCCGCCUCGGGGAGCCCGCCGGAAGUGGCCGGCCGCCGGGGCCGCUGUGUGCGGAACGGUGGCAUCGCGCCCGACGCGCUGGCCGUGGAUGGGGUCCCGGUCGAGCGGGAGGCUGGGUGGCCUGGAGGAAUUCAGGAUGUGGCUGUGAAUGAAUCACGAAGGGGUGCUGGGCUCCAGGCCCACACUCAGUGGGAUUCCUGCGCAGAAGAGAUGCUGGAAGAGGAGACAGAGCUGGUCUCACUAGAUUAUGAGACCUGGAAUAAGAUGAAAGAUUGGAAGUCAAAGAUGGAAAUUUCUGAAGAAAAAGAUUCAGCAAGUGCUGUAUCAGAAAGACUCCAAAGAGAGAUCUCCCAGGAAUGUCAGUUAGUGGAAAGCAGUGAUCCUGAGGACAGACCACUGAGGAACUGGGUAAGCCCCUUAGAGGAUGCAGUGGAACAACCCCCUUUCCAAGAGAGAGGCAUAAGGGAUGUGAAUGUGAUCCCCAAGAAAGCUGUUUCAGGAAAGAGAGGCCAUGGAUGUAAGGAAAGAGGAAAAAUACUUUCUACAGGAGAAAGCGCCCACACAUAUGAAGUCUGUGCCCAGAGCUUCAAACAGGAGUCACAAGUAACUGAACAUCAGAAAACUGAUAAUAUGAAGAAAACUUAUGAAUGUAAACAAUGUGGGAAAACUUUCAAUCGGAGCUCAAAUCUGAUUAUACAUCAGAGAAUUCAUACAGGAAAGAAACCCUAUGUAUGCAGUGAAUGUGGAAAAGACUUUAAUCAAAGUUCAAAUCUUAUUAUACAUCAGAGAAUUCAUACAGGAAAGAAACCUUAUAUAUGUCAUGAAUGUGGCAAAGACUUCAAUCAGAGCUCUAACCUGGUUCGACAUAAGAGAGUUCAUAACCAUGAGAAUCCCUAUGAAUGUAAAGAGUGUGGGAAGGCCUUCAAGGGAAACUCGAACCUUGUCCUGCACCAAAGAAUUCACCGUGGAGGGAAGCCAUAUGUAUGUAAUGAAUGUGGGAAGGCCUUCAAUCAAAGCUCAGAUCUUAUAAUACAUCAUAGAAUUCACACUGGAGAGAAACCCUUUGAAUGUUAUGAAUGUGGACAAACCUUCAGUCAGAGUUCACACCUUGUCACACAUCAGAGAAUACAUACUGGAGAAAAACCCUUCAAGUGCAAUAACUGUGAAAAGGCCUUCAGGCAGCAUUCACGCCUCACUGAACACCAGAGACUCCACAGCGGGGAGAGACCCUAUGAAUGUCACGAAUGUGGGAAAUCCUUCACUGGGCGCACAGCCUUUACUAAACAUCAGAGACUACAUACUGGAAAGCAUGUUGAAUGUAAACAAGCCUGCACUUCUGACUUGGACCUUAUCCAACACCAGAGAGUUCACAGGGAAGAAAAACCUUAUGAAUGUACAGAGUGCGGAAAAACCUUCCGGGGAAGUUCAGAUCUAAUUCGGCAUUGGAUAACUCACACUGGAGAGAAACCCUAUGAAUGUAGUAAAUGUGGGAAAGCCUUUAGCCAGAGGUCACACCUUGUUACCCAUCAGAAAAUCCACACUGGAGAGAAACCCCAUCAGUGCAAUGAAUGUGGGAAAGCCUUCCGACAGCGUUCACUCCUUAUCCAGCAUCAUAGAAUCCACAGUGGUGAGAAACCCUAUGAGUGUAAGGAAUGUGCAAAAGCCUUCAUCUGGCACACAGCUUUUCUCAAACAUCAAAGACUUCAUCAUGGAGAGACAUUUGAGGAAUGUGAGGAAACAUUCAGCCAGGAAGAGUUGCUUAGAGAAGAGCAGAGAAUUCGCCAAGAAGAGAAAGCUUAUCAGUGCAAUCAGUGUGGUAGAAUUUUCCAAAGCAGCUCAGACCUCAUCCGACAUCAGGUAACUCAUUCAGAAGAGAAACCCUUUGAAUGUAAAGAAUGUGGGAAGACUUUUAAUCAGAGCUCAGACCUUAUAAGACAUCAUAGAAUUCAUAGUGGAGAAAAACCUUAUAUAUGCAAUAAAUGUGGGAAGUCUUUCAGGGGCAGCUCAGAUCUCAUUAAACACCACCGUGUUCACACUGGAGAGAAACCCUAUGGAUGCCCUAAAUGUGGGAAGGCCUUCAGCCAGAACUCACACCUUGUUACUCACCAGAGAAUUCACACUGGAGAGAAACCCUUUGAAUGUAGCAACUGUCAGAAGGCCUUCAGUGGGCGCACAGCUUUCCUUAAACAUCAGGAAUGUCAUACUGGAAGGGAGCUUGGGGAACACAAGAGAGUCCUCCAACAGGACUUAUUUUCAUUGGUAACACAGGCCUGAUGAAAGGAGUAGAAGCCUGCUGGAGACAACUUUUGCAUUAUAGAAGAUUUGUAUUGCUGAAAACCUUUCGAAGGAAUGAAAACAGAAGAGCCCUACUAGAUAGGAAACAAAAGUGUAAUCAGGUGGAAAAGCUCUUGGACAUAAUAGCUUUCUUCUGCCUCAGAGUUGACACUGGACUGUGGCCCCCAGGAUAUGAUUACUUGAGAAUGUUUUAGAGGACUUCCGUCAUUAUUAAAACCAUUAGAAAGCACUUUGCCAACAAACUAAACUCCUCAUGGAAGGAGCCAUUUCAAGUGACAAAUAUAAAUCUGCUUUAAUUAC